CAAUAAAUUAAUUUUGAGACCUCUGGUCCUAUUCUCUUUACCAAUUAAAGAGCCCUUCUCAAAUUCACUCAGUCAGUGUGUAACAAGUAUGCUCUAUCUUCAGAUUUUGGCAGUUUUGUUGUCUCUAAUCCCGAUUUUCUUCCUGCUUGGGAUCACAUCUGAUAUUUUUUGUGUGAGAUAUGGUGAUCGACACACAAGCUGCGACCAUAGCCCAUCCAGUUGCGGGGGCACCGACAUCAAUUUAAAGUGCCCGUUUCAAUUUAGUGGUGAUGAUCCAGAUUUGUGCCCUGAGGCUAUUGAAUUCUCUUGUGAAGAUAAUCGCACUGUUCUACCCGUUGUUGAUGGUAUCCAUCGGGAGAAACGGUAUAACUUUUCCGUGGAGUUGAACAGUAUUGAUUAUGAGCAACAGACACUUCGUAUAUUUGAUCCUGGGGUGCAAAAGAACAACUGUUCUACUCUGCCACUCUACCCAUUCAGUCCAUACGACGACUACUAUCAACAUGGAGAUUACCGCAUGGAGAUUGAUCCCCAUUCAGUCCAUUCGUUGGUCUUUGUCAGCUGUAAAAAUCCCGUGAAAUCGAAAUAUCCUCUUUAUGUAGACACUGCUUCCUGUAAUAUCACUGCAAAUCAUUACAGCUAUGUUGUGGUGGGCAAAAAUGUGGUGGCAUCUGAUAUUGAAGAGUCGUGCACUGUCUAUAAGACAGUUCCUGUAGACCGGCGGUGUCUCCCUAAUGUAACAGGAGGAGAUAUUUCGUUUCAAGACAUCCACAAUCUUCUGUCCAAUGGCCUUGAGCUCAGUUGGUUCCUAGCACUGUCCAGCAUGAGGAGGAGAUCCUUUCUUUGCGAUGUGGCUCUCAUAUUGACAGAAAUCUCCGAAUUCGUCUACCGACAUGUCUUCGGCCCAUAUAGAUAUGCAUAUUACUUUGAUUUUAGUGGCAUAGUUUCGGCUGUGCUUAUUGCAGCAAUAAAAGUCAUUGGCGUUAUCCUCUUGUUUGCUUUCCUCCUUUAUCGGUGUCGUCGGAGGCAUUUAUCGAGGUAUGAUACAAUAGAAGAUUUCCUACAAGCAAACAACAGCCUCAUGCCCAUUAGGUACUCAUACAAAGAAAUAAAGACAAUGACAAAAAAUUUUGAGGAGAAACUAGGUGAAGGAGGCUAUGGCUUGGUUUACAAAGGCAAAUUGCGCAGUGGAGGUACAGUUGCUGUCAAGAUGUUGAACAAAUCAAAAGCUAAUGGACAAGAUUUCAUCAAUGAAGUUGCAACUAUUGGAAGAAUACACCAUGUGAACGUGGUUCGGUUAGUGGGAUUUUGUGUUUCUGGCUCAAAACAUGCUCUAGUGUAUGAUUACAUGCCAAAUGGCUCUCUAGACAAGUUAAUUUUCUCAAAUUGUCAGAAUGGUUCUCCAUUGAGUUGGAAACAAGUUUGUGAGAUUGCAAAGGGGGUUGCUCGUGGCAUUGAAUACUUGCAUCAGGGGUGUGAUAUGCAAAUUCUGCAUUUUGAUAUUAAACCACAUAACAUCUUACUUGAUGAGAACUUUGUUCCAAAAGUUUCAGACUUCGGACUUGCAAAACUUUACCCGAUGCAAAAGAGUAUUGCAACUCUUACUGCCGUGAGAGGAACAUUAGGUUACAUGGCCCCGGAACUAUUCUAUAAAAAGAUUGGAAGAGUCUCAAACAAGACAGACGUUUACAGCUAUGGAAAGUUACUAAUGGAGAUGGCGGGAAGGAGGAGAAAUGUGGAUGAGCAUGCUGAGCAUUCAAGUCAAAUAUAUUUCCCUUCAUGGAUAUAUGACAAAUUCGAUCAGGUGGAGGAAAUGGAAAUCGGAGAUCAUGCAACUGAAGAAGAAAAGACAAUUACAAGAAAAUUGAUUUUGAUUGCAUUGUGGUGCACACAGAUGACACCUGAAGAUCGUCCUUCAAUGAGAGAAGUCUUAGAAAUGCUUGAAGGUGAUGCUAGUGGCCUAAAGUUGCCCCCUAAACCGUCAUUUUACCCUCCAGAUUCACCCAUAUCCAUGCAAAGAAGCAGCGAUAGUAGUUCUUCUGACGAGUCAACGGCACCCUUAUGUAGCUUUUUUGCUUUAGAAAUAGAGCAGAUGGAUGACUAAGUAGUACUUUCAGUGAAAGCUUUGCCUAGUAGAUUUGUCUUUCAAACUCUCAAAUGUACCAGAUAUAACAUGGCAAACUGAAAUAUCAGUUUGGUAUCAAUGAACUGAAGUGUAGCACCUUGAUAUAUGCUUCAUAUAUAAUAGUAAUACCAGCAUCAAUCUUUGAGUUCAA